UUAUGCAUUAACUUAGGUGUUAUUUUACAUAUCAGCAUCAUAUUUAUUUCAUUAUCAUCUUCUUCUGUUGAUUACUAGUAUUAUUGUCUGCAAAAGACUUUUUGCUUCAUGGGUUGCUCCUAUUUGCAAAGGAGUGCUCAUCUUUAGAAAGGAACAAACUGGCAAAGCUACGCGUACAUCCUCGUACACAAAUGAUUCAUAAUGUUUCUCUCGUUUAUAGAUUUCUCGAAGGCGAAAACAUGGCUAGUUUUUAUUCGAAUUCUACAAACCAAAGAGACGACGUUAUCCCUAACCUUUACCUAAGGGGUUCUAGCCAGAUCCUUUAUCCCCAAAACAUUCCAAGCAAAAAUUCUCAAGAUUCAUUUGUAAGAGGGCGUCUGAAUUCUUCUUCAUGUGGAGUUCCAAAUUUCAUGACCUCUAUUCCAAAUUCUAAGUACUUCAAGGCUGCACAAAGGCUACUCGACGAAGUUGUUAAUAUUCGGGAUGCUUUGAAGAAAAAAGCCGAUAAGAGUCAGAAUGCUUGCGGGUUUGGUGGAGGGUCGAGGAGUGAUGCGGUGCCACCAAAUCCUGAAGAAUCUGCAGUCGAUCAUUCUACGGAGCUCCCGACAUCAGAAAGGCACGAUCUUCAGAAUAGAGUGACCAAGCUUUUGGCUAUGUCGGAUGAGGUUGAUCGAAGAUAUAAACAGUACUACCAUCAAAUGCAACUAAUAGUAUCCUCCUUCGACGCAAUAGCUGGCCCUCAAGCAUCUAAACUGUACACAACUCUUGUCCUUCAAACGAUCUCCCGCCAUUUUCGCUUUCUUAAGGAUGCUAUAACCUCUCAUAUAGAAACUACAAGAAAAAAAUUAGGGGAGAAGGAGAUCUCAAGUGUUGGAAUAUCUCGACUUCGUUAUAUUGACCAACAAAUAAGGCAACAAAGGGCAAUGCAACAUUUUGGUUUGAUGCAAUCCCAUACUUGGAGGCCACAAAGAGGCUUGCCUGAAAACUCGGUCUCAACUCUUCGUGCUUGGCUUUUCGAGCAUUUUCUUCACCCUUAUCCAAAGGAUUCUGAGAAGUUAAUGCUAGCAAGACAAACAGGCCUAACAAGGGGUCAGGUUGCAAACUGGUUCAUAAAUGCUCGUGUUCGUCUCUGGAAGCCAAUGAUAGAGGAAAUGUAUAAUCAAGAGUUUGGUGAAAUAGAAAUGGACUCCAAGAAAGAAAUAAAGCUCACAAAUGAAAUUUGCGAAAAUAUUAAUUACAAGCUCGAUAAUGUCAGAUACAAUGACGAAUAUACGAAUCUACAAGAGCAAAAGCCUCACCGAGAGAAUUGUGAUCUUUUACAAGAAGCGCUUGGCCGUCAGGUGACUGAAAUGAGCAAUUAUACGAACGGAGUGGCUUUUACCUUAGGAUUGCAUCAAGAUGUAUAUGGUUCAGUUGGUCUUUUGGGGAGGGAAGAUUUUGAAUAUACGAACACGGGCACCAUAGGGGGAAAUUUUGUGCCAUCACAUUUGAUGCAUGAUUUCGCGGCUUGAAUUGAGUUCCUGGAACUGUGGUUGUCAAACAAAUGAUGAGAUAUACAUUUAGGGUAGGUGUAGUGUUGUAAAGAUAUAGAUAGAGACAUAUUUUUGUGUGAUGUCUACAAUGGAGAAGAAAAUGAGCGUAAUUUCUUCAGUAUUGUUUGGAAUGCCUAUAGAGCUGAAAAUUUUGAUCUUACUCCUUAAUAAAA